AUGGCAGAAAGAACUGAUAACCAAGUUUGUGGAACCUUUCAGGUCACUGGAAAGAAUUGUGAUUCCAUUCGGACCAGAGGGCAAGAUGGUAAGCUCGACUUAUUUUCGACAAAUACUAAUAAUAACAGUAUGGGAUGCAAUAUGCCUUCUUUGGACGUAUUAUGUCAGUCGACCUUCCAGGAAAGCAACAUUACAAGAGCAGAAGAAAUAUCUUGCAAAGAGUCUGGAACGCUUAGCCGAGAAGAUAGUAAAGAUGGAACCAAAUACAAUACACCACCCUCAGAAAGUAAAUCUCACAUAUUCACAAUGAAAGGGAAAAGUGAAGAGGUUCAUGUUCGGUGUGUCAGUUCGUUGCGGACCUUCACCACCGUCGAAAACAACACUAAAACACAAUGCGGUAGUGGCACCAGCGUCAAGAGUGAAAAUGAUGCUGAUAUUGCAGAAAGCUUCAAAUAUUGCCCUGACCAAAGAGCAAUCCACUUAUUGCAAGCAUCCUUUGGGAAACUGUGCCGAAUCGGUACCCUGGGAGGCACUACAUGGACAAAGAAAAUCCAGACGAAACCGUGCCGUCUUGUACUCGCGCGCCCUUGCAUUACCGAAGAGGCCAGAAAAGCAAUUGAAGAUCUCAGAUCCAUGUCUCAAAUGUCAAAACGUAUCGAAGAAGAUGAAUCACUUCGCAAUAGUACACUUAUGGUAGUUGACACGUUUAAAGAUGAAUCUAGCCGUCGUCAUCUUGCAUCUUCUAUUGGUUGCGAGCUUCCUGUUGAUAGUGAUGAUCCAAAAGAACUUACCUAUUAUAUGGCAAAUGUUGCAGAAUUCGGCUUUGAUCAUAUCAUUAUAAUUGGGGAGCUUGAAAAUGGAAUGAUUUUUUUGGAUUGCUAUGGUCGUGUGUUUCAAUGGGAGGAAGAAUGUCAGAUGUUGUGGCCACUCGGAAAUUCUUUGGAAGAAGCAAUGUCAAGUGACGUGAAAAAUCAAGUGCCAUGGUAUUGGGAGUAUGAUGGAGCUGUAUAUGAGUUCAAAGAAUUACUUCAAC